AUGGCAGACGGUCUGCCUUCAGGAUUACUGGAAGCAUGUGUCGUUGUGGGACCUGCAAAUGAUAAACUGAAGGAGCUCUCCCAGGUGAAUGAAAGUCCUUUACCGCUGUUCGAUCCUGAGGUUCUGCAGGUCCAUACACCUCCGUUUGUGUCUAAAGAGAGUCUCAGUGAACCAGCCGUGAGAAACCUCAGCCAGACCCAGCAACAGCGCUUCUUCAUUAAGAAGAAAAAUGAUAGGCCUGUUAUUAAGGCUGGAAACCCCAAAGAAGAAACCAUAGAGGAUGUUAGUGUUCCCAAAGACCUGGAUCUGGUGGCUCUGCCACAACUCUGCUUUCCAGGUGGACUUCAGAUAACUAAUGAGCAAAAGGAUGAACAAUUUCACUUCCUAGUCUUCACUGACGUGUUUGGAAACCAGUCUCAUGGAGUAGUUCUCCAGUACUGUAGAUCAAUACAGAAUGGACACCGGUCCUUGUACAAGUCUCCACAACUCUACAUUGCUUAUGCAAUAUGUGUUAUAUCAAAACACCCAUAUUACAAUGCUCUCAAGGACUGUCUGUCUUGCCUCUUAGGUCAGCUCAAAAUCUGUCAAAUGACUGAUAUGGAAGAGCAAGUGAAGGAGUUUUCUGCUAAACUGUCUCUAGUCCCAGUGCCUCCUCCUGGCCAGCUGUAUGUGGUGUUCACCUUAAGACCUCUGACGAUUGUCCUUCCGUCAAGAGAAGAUAAAAAUCAUCCUGUUAUUGACCUGGACUUACAUCUUCCGUUCUUCUGCUUCAAGUCCAGAGAGCUGCUGCAGAUCAUAGCCAGUAUACUCACAGAGCAGCGUAUGGUGUUCUUUUCCUCAGACUGGGCCAAACUGACCCUGAUCAUAGAGUGUUUCAUGCUGUAUAUUUGGCCCUUGCACUGGCAGCACCCACUGGUGCCUAUACUGUCCCAACAGAUGCUUGACUUUGUUAUGGCACCGACUACCUUCCUCAUGGGAUGCCACAUCAGCCACUAUGAGGACGUUGCCAAGUUAACAGAUGACCUGAUUCUGAUCAAUAUUGAUGAGGGAACCGUGUCCUGCUCUGGCUGUCAUUAUGUUGAGGUCCCAGACAUCCCACAGGCAGCUGCUCAGCGUUUCAAGUGUCGAAGGAAAGGUCUUCAAUUACACUAUGACUUGGAAGUGGUUCAUCAGAGAAUAUGUAGCAGUCUUUAUGAGCUGCGGAUGCAGAGAAGACACUGGCAACACAGGCUCAAUUUGGACAUACAAAACAUCACCCUGGAGCUCAUCGUUAACAUGUUUAGAGAUGUCAGUGAUAACCUUAAUCACGAACACAGAGUAUUUAACACUGAUGAGUUUCUGAAGACCAGGGAGCCAGGCGACCAACCAUUUUAUAAAAAGGUCUUGGAAACACACAUUUUCCACUCCUUCUUGAAAGAACGUUUGAAUGGAAAAGGAGAUAAAUUUACCCAAAUGGAGCUUAGUACUCAGACAGAAGACCAAAAAUUGUGUAGAUCAAUGGAUUACUCUCGCAGACCCACCAUAAAGGAAAUAGUUUUGCGAAAUGUUUCUUUAGAGAGCGGUUUGAGUAAACGUCUGGGCUCAAGUCUCCCUGACCUGGACAACAAGAAACACCUGAGUCUCCUCAAACAGAUGUCUCCAACUAAGAUCAUUCCUGAAAAGCGUAAGAGAACUGCUCAGUUUUCUAUGAAUACUCCAGUCAGGCCAGUCAAGAUCUUCCAGCUCCCAGAUUUCCCUUCUCUCUUGAACUACCCCAAUGUACUCCAUUACUUUGGAGAUCUUAUCCUCCAGCUGAACAAAGCCAUAUCAGCCACCCCACCUGAUGAUUCCUCCCUGCUAGCAAGAUAUUUUUACCUGCGCGGCCUCAUCAACAUGCUGAGCUCUAAGCGAUUGGAUGCCCUCGGCGACUUCCAGAACCUCUACAAAACAGAUAUUGAGAUUUUUCCUGGAGAGCUGGUGAAGACGCUGAUGGACUCUCUGCAGAUAGAGGAGAGAGUCCAGGUAGAGAAAAGAUCUGAGCUCAAACGGCUCAUCUGUCAGAUGAAGAACAAUGAAAAAAGCGAGCAUGUGGAAUCAGACUAUCACGUGAAGAAGUUUGAGCUGCCCAAGACCCCCAUGCAGCUGAAGGAGUUUGUGAUGUGCACUCAGCAAUCUGGUAUUGUGCGGGACAUGGCCACUUCACAGAGAUUGUUUGAAGCUCUCAUUGUCGGUGGGCCGAAGCAUAUUCAUCCAGAGAUGUUCAAAGUGUUUUAUACCUUCUGGAAACAGGCCGAGGCAGAAGCACAGGACAUUGACCUGCCUGCUGAGGUCCUGGAAUGCCUAGACAACAAUGAGUGUGUGUACAAGCUGUCCAGCUCUGUGAAGACCAGUUAUGGUGCAGGUAAAAUUGCCAUGACUCAGAAGAGGCUCUUUCUGCUGACAGGCAGACGUGGAUAUGUUGAGAUUACCAAGUUUAGGGACAUUGAGGAAGUAAACAUCUCCGUUGCCCCGCUUUUGAGGAUCCCAUCUCUAAAGAUCAAGAACAGCUUAAGGAAAGAAAUAUUCGAGGCUAAUUUAAAAUCUGAGUGUGAACUGUGGAACCUGAUGGUCAAGGAGAUGUGGGCUGGGAGAAUGAUGGCAGACAACCAUAAGGACCCCCAGUGUGUGCAGCAGGCACUGACCAAUGUCCUGCUUAUGGAUGCAGUGGUGGCCUGUUUAAAGACACAGAAGGCUAUUUGUGCUGCCUCCAAACUGGCCUAUUUUGAAAAGCAGCGAAAAGUCCCCAUGAUCAUCCCCAGACCCACAGCAGAGACUCUGAAACACAAGAUCAAUCCGUCCCAGAACAUGACGCACCCUCAGUCUGUCGAUGUCUUGCUCUACACUCCAGGCCAGUUAACUUUCCCGGACAGAGAUGUGGAUGGAAACCCUACGCUCUGGUGUGCUCUCAGCUGUGGGAAAGUGGUUGUGUUUGAUGCUGUCAGUUGGUCCCUGAUGCAAAACUGUAUUCAUUUAGGAGAAUCUCGACUGAACUGCAUGAUGGGAUUGGACCAGAAGCAAGUGUGGAUUGGUUCUCAGGACUCCGUCAUUUACAUAAUUAACACACGCAGUAUGCUGUGUCAUAAACAGCUGACUGAGCACCGUGGAGAGGUCACAGACUUUGCCCUGGAGAAACUGAAUCCUGAGAACAGAUCAGGCCUGAAGGUUGAGAAGGAGCUUGAGGCCCAUGAAGAUACAGUUCAAGCUCUCUUCUCAGCAGAGGACCGAUACAUACUCAGCGGCUCUGCAAAAAGUGAUGGCAAAAUCGCCAUCUGGAGAGUAGAUUAA